AUGUCUGACAACGAAUCGCGUUCCCGCUCUGCUUCCCCCGAGCCAUUCGAGAACCAACAGCAACCUCAAAGCCCAGCGCCUCAGGAAGCCGCAGGUGGUCGCCGCCGUCGUCAACGACCCCAGCAACAACCCCCGUAUCAAGAGCGGCCGGCUCAACAAUUCCAACAGUUCCCCCAACAGCAGGAGCAAGGGGGCGCUCUGCAACCUCUGGGAGGCAACCAGAUGGUGGGACAAGCCGCUGGUCAGGCUGGCCAGGUGCUCGGAAAUACUCUUGGCUCGGUAACUGGACAACAACCACAAGGCCGUGGCGGAGGGCAGAAGGAUACCCUCAAGUUGAGACUCGACCUCAACCUCGACGUCGACGUUCAGAUCAAGGCCCGGGUGCACGGUGAUGUCACCCUUUCAUUACUACGGCGCCCUCCUGUUAUCAGCCCUUCUCUUGCCGAUGUUGUUGCCCAUGAUUUACAUGGAGUCGUCGCCGUCAAUGGACUUCCGCCGAGCGAGAUUUAA